AUGGAUGAUUACUCUGGAUAUAACCAAAUAGCAAUGCAUGCUCGUGACCUAGACCACACCAACUUUAUGACGAAUAAGGGGCUAUAUUGUUACAAUGUGAUGCCAUUCAAACUUAAAAAUGGAGGAGCAACGUAUCAGAGUCAACUUUUCUGUCAGUCAUCUGCCUUGGUGGUGUCGAGCGAUCCUGACUCUAACGAUUCGCAGAAAAAGUUGAAAAUUGGUGUCGUUUUGUCGGAAGGCCAGGCACCUGGAGGGCACAAUGUCAUUUCUGGAAUUUUUGAUUACUUGCAGGAGCGUGCUAAAGGCAGCGUAUUGUACGGUUUCAGGGGAUGUCCAGCUGGAAUCAUGAAGGGCAAGUAUGUGGAACUUACACCAGAAUAUAUUUACCCGUACAGAAACCAGGGUGGUUUUGAUAUGAUAUGUAGUGGAAGAGAUAAGAUUGAAACUCCAGAGCAGUUUCAACAAGCUGCAGAUACUGCCGCGAAGCUUGAUCUGGAUGGACUUCUUGUUAUUGGUGGGGAUGACUCAAACACAAAUGCCUGCCUCCUUGCUGAGAAUUUCAAGGGAAAGAAUUUGAAAACUCAGGUGAUUGGGUGUCCAAAAACCAUUGAUGGUGACUUGAAAUGCAAAGAAGUCCCAAUAAGUUUUGGGUUUGAUACUGCUUGCAAGAUAUAUGCAGAAAUGAUUGGAAAUGUCAUGAUAGAUGCUAGAUCAACUGGAAAAUAUUAUCACUUUGAGCGGCUUAUGGGGCAUGCAACUUCACACAUAACACUUGAAUAUGCUUUGCAAACUCAUCCAAACAUUACAAUUGUUGGAGAAAAGGUUGCUGAAAAGAAGUUGACACUGAAAAAUGUUACAGAUUACAUUGUUGAUAUAAUCUCCAAAUGUGCCGAACUUGGUUAUAACUAUGGUGUCAUACUUAUUCCUGAAGGUCUAAUUGAUUUCAUUCCAGAGGUGCAACAACUUAUCGCCGAACUGAAUGAAAUUCUGGCCCAUGAGGCUGUCAAUGAAGAUGGGCAAUGGAAAAAGAAACUUGCUGAUCAAUCAUUACAGCUUUUUGAAUUUUUACCUUCAGCAAUCCAAGAGAAGUUGAUGCUUGAAAGAGAUCCUCAUGGAAAUGUUCAGGUUGCCAAAAUAGAGAUAGAGAAGAUGCUUAUUCAAAUGGUUGAAACUGAAUUGGAGAAAAGGAGUCAAGCAGGUGCAUACAAAGGUGGAUUCCAAGGACAGUCUCACUUUUUCAGGUAUGAAGGAAGAUGUGGCCUGCCAACUAAUUUUGAUUCUACCUAUUGUUAUGCAUUGGGUUAUGCUGCAGGAGCUCUCCUUCAAAGUGGGAAAACUGGAUUGAUAUCAUCGGUGGGGAAUUUGGCUGCUCCAGUUGAAGAAUGGACCGUUAGUGGGACAGCUUUAACUGCACUAAUGGACGUGGAGAGAAGACAUGGUACUACUGUAACCUUUAUUUAUGCAUUUAGACAGUAA